GACAACUUGGCAAAAUUAGUGUUUUGUUGUGAUUUUUGUAAAUUUUUUCAUCCGAGAAUAAAAGUUAAUAUUUUUCUGGUUUUUGGAUUGAAUUUAAUCAAAUUCCACCACUAUGCAAUCGCAUAACGAUAACUCGGUUGUAGCCGCAUCAACUGAGCUUUGUUUCGAUAAAAAUGAAUUCAUGAAAACAAAUUUCUCAGUUGAUGAGUUCCUCCACCGAAAUCGUAAUGCACCGAGUCUGGAACAACUCCGCGACAAUCUUGGUGUCUACUUAAAAGUCCUACGAUCCUCCAUGAUUGAUCUUAUAAACGAAGACUACGCUGACUUUGUGAGCCUAUCAGCGAAUCUUGUAGGACUGGAUCAAUCGAUCGGCGCCAUUCGGAAGCCAUUGGAAGUCUUUCGGGAGGAAAUCUUGAGCAUCAAAGACUUGAUCAACGAAAACGAACAAGAAGUCAGUGGAUAUUUAAAGCAAAAGAAUGAUCUACGGAUUUUGAAGAGAAACCUUCAAAGUUUAAAGAAAGUCUUGGAAACCAUGGCAAAGCUCGAAGAACUGCUUGCCAAUAAACUGAACACAGAAGCUAUUAAGCCGGUCGAUCUAGAAAGAGCCGCUCUAGAAUUGAUUCAAUUAAAAUUCAAUAGAAAAUUCUGUGAGGAAUAUUUGAAUACUGGACAAAUGGAAAAGAUUGAGACCUUGAAUGAGGAAAUCCUCAAAAAAUUAAGGAUUCUCUUCAACUCCACCCUCAAGACCUCAACUAGUACAGCCAGUGAGAGUCUAGAACGAUGUCUCCGAAUCUACAUCACACUCGAUGCAUGCCCUGAGGCUGAGCUGGUUUUCAAAGAAGACACCGUUGGUCCAUAUAUGGCCAACACCAUAUCAGAGCAUCACCUGCAGAAUUCCCCACAAGGUUUGGCUGGCAUUUACAACAAAGUUCUCAACUUCAUUUCACUCCACAUGACCGACUUACUGAGGAUCACACAAUACUCUGACAAAAUGAAAGGCUUCAACUUUUUGGUGAAUAGCUUUUGGAGCGAUGUGGAGCAACGUCUUGAAGCCCAUAUGUCCUCUAUCUUUGCUCCUGGUAAUUCCGAAGUUUUCUAUGUGAAAUACAAAUGUACGAGAGACUUUAUCCAGAAAAUCGAGGAGAUCCUCCAAAGCCCCGAAUCGAUUCAGUUGUUCCGACAACAUUCGCAGACGAAAAGUUUCCACUCCCGAUGGAAUCUGCCGGUUUAUUUUCAGAUUUGCUUCCAAGAAAUCGCCGGUAAAUUCGAGGGCGUUCUCGAGCCAGUUCUGGACGAUAGCAAGCUCGUCGAUGAGGGUGAUUUCCAUUUGAUUCCUUUCAAUUCCGCUCUAAAAGCUAUCGAUCGCUGUUGGUCGGAUGGAGUGUACCUCUACGAGGUAUUUCCGAAAUUCUUCAAGCUCACCAUACAAAUUAUUCUGAGACUUUCUCAUUGGAUCAAUGAUGCAGUGACGGCUUUGCAGAGAAAGGACUUGGUUCUCAAAACUCCCAAGAUUAAUAUGAUGGUCUUUCUCUAUGCAGACACCACAAAGUUUAUUGAGAAGCUGCCUUAUGUCCUUGGUCUGUUGUCCUCGAAUAUCUCGGAAAACAAUGAUGUUCUAAGUGAUUCUAUUGAUGAUGUUAAAGAGACUCUCCAGGGGCAUCUAGCUGGAAUAGAGAAGGCUUUGAUUGACAUUCUGACCGUUGAAAGUAUCGACAGCAUUCAGCAAGUGAAUGAUCUGCCACGAUUGUAUAGAAAGACGAACAGAGAAGUUCCAACUCGAAGUUCUGGCUAUGUGGAGCAAAUGCUAAAGCCUGUCAAAGCUUUCCAGGAAGGAUUGGGUGACAAACUCGAUGAUUAUAUUGUCCAGAGAAUACUUAGACAAGUCUUUGUGAGAAUAACAAAAGAGUAUUACACAUCAGUUACGGAAGUGUUAACAUCAGUUCAAAAAACCGAGGAAUCCUUACGUCGUUUAAAGAACCUUAAGGAAAAGUCUACAAAUCAACAACAAUCAACAACAACGAGUGGUGGUGCAAUGUCUGACGAUGAUAAGAUACGAUUGCAACUUCGAGUAGAUGUCGGAGCAUGGACAAAGGAGUUAUCCAAUAUGGAUUUUAUGCCAACACAAAUCGAUAAAUUGUUGGAUUUAAAUACUAUGGUCGAAGAAACAAUUAAAUUGAAGGAUAAUCAGAGUUAAUUUUAAUUAAUCUUAAUUAAUCUUAUGAAAUAAUAAAUUUAAAAAAAGAGUAAUCUUAUCGUUUUUAUGUUUAUCUGUUAAAAUUUAAUACAACGCAAGUAUUUAAAAAAUACGCUUAUGUAAUCAAUUGGAAGGUCUCUUGGAGAAAUAAACAUAGAUAAGGCUUUAUGAGUCACAAAAU